GACGGACUAGCGUUGUCGCACUUCCGUGCACGCGAAGCUGUUGCAUGCCUAGUAGCUAACCAUUCAGGCUACAACGGAAAUCUCCCAAUACACCUAAUUUCCCUUUUCCUCCCUCGAAAGUGAAAUAUUUCUUGACCUAUAGCCGUAUUUCGAUAUAGCCUCGCAAUGCAAACGAGACCGCAUUUUAAAAGAUAGAUCACGUUUGGCUCGGUGAUUCGAUCCAAGGACCGGGUCGUAUGUGAGCACAAAGGCCCGGCACACCGUCCCGAAGUCAAAAAUGUUUCCCUCCUGGGGAAACUAUGGGGGCCAUCAACCGCAGAACUUCGGCGGGCCUGCGCCCCGAAAGCAGCACCCUGCCGGCCAGGCCGCCCCGGCGGCGGGCUUCGGAGCGGCUCCUGCUGGGGGUUCCGCUCUGUUCUCCAGCCUGCAGGAACAGCAUCUCCAGCAAAUGCAGCAGCUGCAGAUGCUCCACCAGAAGCAGCUAGAGUCGGUGCUGCACCACAACAGCGCGCCGGGGUCGUACGGGGGUGGAGGUGCUGCAGGGUUUUCUGCACCGUCGUGGCAGUCUGAAGCGUCGGGGCAUGCCGACAAUGUUUUUGAUGGUGCCCCGGCGUUUUAUAACCAGGACGAGGCCCAGGCUCAGUCCGCAAGAGGGCAUGAUCAGCCCCGUCCCCCUCUACCGCAGACCGCCGGGGCGAAGCCCAACCCUCCCCCUCCAGAAGCACCGUCUGGCGGGGGUCCACCGAGUAAUGACGGUCCUAAAUCGAAAGAGGAGCAGCAGCAGUUCUGGUACAAGCAACACCUCCAGAACCUCCAGAAGCUGAAACAUGACGGGGCGAGGCAGAACCAGGCGGCGGGCGACGCCCCUUUCUCGUCCCACGGUCACUCGGCCCCGCCCCUCCCUUCAGAACCACCCAAGAGCGCACCGCCCCCGCCUCCACCCAAAGAGGAGCCCCCCCUUCCUCCCCCACCUCCCGAGGAUCCGGACCUUCCCAAGGACCCGGAGGAGGUGGCGCGUCUGCAGCAGCUGCAGGCGGCCGCGGCGCAGUGGCAGCACGUGCAGCAGCAGAGGGCGGGCAUGCAGUACCAGGCGCUCAUGCAGCAGCACGAGAAACUGCAGAACAUCCUGGAGAAGUACCAGCAGUUCAUCCAGCAACCCGCAAAUCUACAGUCGAUGUCCAGUGAGAUGCAGCUCAGGCACUACGAAACCCAGCAGCAGCAGUUCACCAAGAUGUACCAAGACUGGGAGCACACCUUCCAGCUCUGGCACGACCAGUUCCAGACCUACCCUCACAAAGACCAGCUGAAGGACUACGAGCUCCAGUGGAAACAGUGGCAAGAGCAGAUGAACGCCACCAACGCCCACCUGCAGGAGCGCACGGCCACCCUCAAAACUAUGGUGCCCUACCCGUCCUCCCAGUACGGCGGUGGCAUGGCGGACCAGUACAGUCAGUACCCGGGGAAGGACUUUGCCGGUGGUCCUCAGGGCUCCAUGUCCCAGGGCCAGCCGUCACAAGGCUCAGCAUCCCAAGGCCAGCUUUCUCAAGGUUCAGCGUCCCAGGGUCAGAUGCCUCAAGGCUCCAUGCUCCAGGGUCAGAUGCCCCAAGGUUCCAUGCUCCAGGGUCAGAUGAACCAAGGCUCCAUGCUCCAGGGUCAGAUGAACCAAGGCUCCAUGCUCCAGGGUGAGAUGAACCAAGGCUCCAUGCUCCAGGGUCAGAUGAACCAAGGCUCCAUGCUCCAGGGUCAGAUGAACCAAGGCUCCAUGCUCCAGGGUCAGAUGAACCAAGGCUCCAUGCUCCAGGGUCAGAUGUCCCAGAGCCCAAUGUCCCAGAGCCCAAUGUCCCAGGGUUUGUCGUCCCAGGGGGCAACUUCCCAAGGCUCCAUGCUCCAAGGCCAGAUGUCCCAAGGCUCCAUGCUCCAAGGCCAGAUGUCCCAAGGCUCCAUGCUCCAGGGACAGAUGGCCCAAGGCUCAAUGCUCCAGGGUCAAAUGAACCAAGGAUCGAUGUUCCAGGGCCAGAUGUCCCAAGGUUCAAGGGCCCAGGGUCCAAUGUCCCAGGGCCAGAUGAACCAAGGUGCAAGGCCUCAGGGCCAGAUGAACCAAGGCUCAAGGCCCCAGGGACAGAUGUCCCAUGAUCAGAUGUCCCAAAGCCAAAUGUCCCAGGGUCAAAUGUCCCAAGGCUCCAGGCCCCAGGGACAGAUGUUGCCCCAUGGCCAAAUGUCCCAGGGCCAGAUGUCCCAGAGCCCAAUGUCCCAGGGCCAAAUGCCCCAAGGCUCAAUGCUUCAGGGUCAAAUGAUCCAGGGACAGAUGUCCCAUGACCAGAUGUCCCAGGGCCCGAUGUCUCAGGGGCCAAGGGGUCAAGGGCCGAGGGGUCAAGGGCCAAGACCUGGAUUCGGACAACCCUCAGAGCCUAAUGCUGUCAGAGGCGGUGUUCCUUCCCCUAUGGGAGAAAGACAGAUGGGUCCCGGACACUACGGCCCAAGAGGACCAAGGCCUGAUGGUCCAAGAGGGAACGGCCCCAGGUUCGACCAGUCCCAGCAGCGCUUUGACGGUCCUUCCCGAUUUGAACGGCCCCCGUUUGAUCAGAACCCGAGAGGCUUCGGGCCACGCUUUGGUGGGCCGCCGCCCAGAUUCGAUCAGCCCCCGAGACAACCCGGACCCCAGAACCGCUUUGAGCGGCCGCCCGGACCCCCGCCUCACUUUGAGCGCCCCCAGGGACCCCAACAGCGGCCCCCAGCCCCAAACCAGCAGCAUCCCUCCGCCCCCCAUCAAAGGCCUCCAGCGCCCAAUCAACGGCUUCCCGCUCCCAACCAGAGGCUUCCCACACCCAACCAGCGCGCGCCCACUCCCCAACAGCCCCCAGCAAAGGGCCCCAAGCCCAAGACGGAACCCACGAGUACACCACAGACCAAUACCGUCUCCAAGACCCCCGUGAAGCCCGGGCCCAUCCCGGCCAACAAAGCAAAGGACUCCUCGCCGAACAAGGGCAAAGGGGAAGACAUGGCGGACGACAGCCUGGACGGCACCUCCGGCUUCUUCCUGCCGACCGACCCCAUCCCGCAGACGACCCAAGGAAAGGAAGACGCUAAAAAACCACCGGGCACUGGUAACGAUAAACCCAGUGUUACGGCUCUUCCGCCCCCGGCGACAAAGAACACCGCUCCGGCACAGGCCAAUCUCAAACCGGGCGGCCCGGGGUCAACGAACACCCAUGGAGCCCCGAACGCCACCAAGCUCCCUGACGGCAAACUGCCGGCCAAACCUCCCGCGCCACCGCAGCCCAUCUCCGAACCGUCCAAGCCGCCGCCCGGCAUGGCACGGGGGCGGGGCAGAGGCCAGGCUCCGCCUCCGCACCCCCACCCGCGGGGGCGGGGCCGUGGGCUGCCGGCGGGGCGCGGCGGGUUCAACAGCUUCCCGCCGCCGGACCAGAUGGACGGCGUGCCGUUCGGCUACGGGGAGCCACAGAGCGAGGAGACGGUGCCGCAGGAGGAGCAGGGCGACUACUACUGGCAGGACCCCGCCUACGAGGAGCCCCCCGCCGCGGCGGACGAGGCGGAGCCGCCGCCGGAGCAGGAGCUGUGGGUCCCGGAGGAGCACCACUUCUCCCAGGAGGACGACUACUACGGGGAGCCCGGGAUGGGAGGGCCCAUGAUGGGAAGGGGACGGUUCCCCCAGCGGAGGGGAGGGCCCCCUUUACCCAGAGGGGGGCCCUACAUGGGCAGAGGGGGGCCCCCGAUGGGCAGAGGGGGGCCCCCGAUGGGGAGAGGGGGGCCUCCCAUGGGGCCCUACAUGGGAAGAGGCGGGCCGCACAUGGGGAUGGGCGGGCCGCACAUGGGCCGAGGUGGGCCGCCCAUGGGGAGAGGGGGACCCCCCAUGGGGAGAGGGGGACCUCCCAUGGGGAGAGGGGGACCCCCCAUGGGCCGAGGAGGUCCGCCGGGGGGGCGAGGCGGACCCCCCAUGGGGAUGGGCGGACCGAUGGGAAGGGGCGAGCCGAUGGAGAGGCACUGGGAAGAGCCCGAGUCGGCCGAGUGGGGGGAAGAGGAGCCUUACUGGGACGACUGGGGACCUCCCAUGAGGGGCAUGAGACCCCCGUUCCCUCCCGGGCGGGGACGACCCCCUCGCGGCCACCCCGGCAUCAUGCACCCCGGCCGGGGACGCCCCCCGUUCCCCCCGCACGGCCCCAUGGACCACGGGCCGCUGGGACCCCCGGCGGACCCCGAGGGCAUGGAGCUGGACCCUAUGAUGGACCCCAUGAUGGACCCCAUGAUGGACCCCAUGAUGGAUCCUAUGAUGGACCCCAUGAGGCACCCCAUGCACCGGGGGGGCCACGACCCCCGCGGGCGGCCCAUGCGCCACGACAUGCCGAGGGGCCGCAUGCUGCCGCCACCGGCGGCGCACGAGAUGCGGGAGCCGGCGGAGGAGGCCCCGCCGUACGACGAGGACAUGGAGAAGGACCCCGAGUGGCACCGGCCGCCGCCGCCGCAGCCUGGAGCUCUGGGACGGGGGCCCCCCCCCGCGCCGCAUGAGCUGAUGGACCGGGAGCCCGUCCGGGGGGGCCCUGCGAUGGGCAUGGGUCGGGGGAUGCAGCACUCCCCCGGGGGGCCCCCGCACGAGGAGGGCCGGCGGGAGGCCAUCGUGGAGGACUACGGCCACGGGGAGGCGCGCUACGGCUGGCGCCCUCCGCCGCCACAACCCCGGGACUACCCGCCCGACGACUACGACCGCGAGCGCCGCUACCACGACCCCGACUGGGAGCGGGAGCGCUCCACGCCGGCCCGGGACUUCUCGCCCCGCCCCGAGCGCUUCAGGGACGGCGCCUGGCCGGACGAGCGGGAGCGGGCGCGGCCGUACCCGUACGACGAGCCGGAGCGGGCGCGGGAACGGGAGCGGGAACGGGAGCGGGCGAGGGGGGAACUCCGGAUACGGGAGUACCGGGACGAAGCGCCGUACCGACACGAGGAGCCGCCCCACCCCGAGUGGGAGCGGUCGUCUCGACCGCCCCCCCCUCCGCUGCCGGAGAGAACUUACCCCCCGGAGUACGAGACCCCCAGGCCCCACUACGGAGACCGCCGGGGGGAGCCCGCCGCCGGCAUGGACGCCAUGGCGGCCCCGCAGCCGGCAACGCCGGGCGGGGGUCACCCGGACGCCUCGUGCGACCCGGCCGCUCAGGGCGGGAGCGCGGCGGGGGUGCUGGCCCUCUCGCAGCGGCAGCACGAGAUCAUCCUGAAGGCGGCCCAGGAGCUGAAGUUCAUCAGAGAGAUGCAGGAAGGGGUGACAGAAACCCAUCCCGCCGCCACAGAAGUCCCUCCUGAACUUCCAGCCGGCCUGCUGGGCUUGGAGAUCCCCGCAGAAGUCAGGAACGCUCUCAAGGGCAUGGUGGCGUCUGCGCAGCCAGCGGCUGGUGAGCCGGCGGCCUGGGACAGCAUGCCUCACAGCGCAGGCUACCAUCCGCCGCCCCCCCCCGCAGCCCCUGCACCCACCAUGCUCCCCAAGACGGUGGACUACGGACACGGACACGAACCAGGUACCACGGUGGAGCGGAUCUCGUACGGGGAGCGCAUCGUGUUGAGGCCGGACCCCCUGCAGACUGACCGGGCGUACGAGAAGGAACCUCUGGGACUCAGAGACCCGUACGGCCGGGACCCCUACUACGACCGGCGGCCGGACCCCUACCCCGAACGGCGGGAGUACAGCCGGGAGCGGGAGUCCUACCGGGACAAGCCCCCCCCGGACUACGAGAGGGACCGCUUCGACCGGGAGCGCUACCCCCCGAGAGACGACAGACCUCCUUUCGGUGCCCACCCCCCCCGGCCGAGCUACCGCGACCGGGAGCCCCGGGAGGACAGCGAUGGGCGCGACCGCGAAGACCCCUACGCCCGGCCCAGCUACGACAGACCCCCGUACGAGCGCACGCCGCUGGAGUGCGGCGGGCCACCGGAGCGCUACCCCCACCGGUCCUCGCCGUACGGGGAGAGGAGGGGCUUCCCCGAGGAGCGUGGGCCGGGCCCUGCUUCGUCCCAACCCCCUCCUCCUCAGCCUCAGCCUCCCCCCCCGCGCGCCGAGAAGAAACCAGAGACCAAGAACGUGGACGACCUCCUCAAACCCCCAGGCAGGAUGUCCCGCCCAGAGAGGAUUGUCAUCAUAAUGAGAGGACUUCCCGGAAGCGGUAAAAGUCACGUCGCCAAGCUGAUCCGAGACAAGGAGGUGGAAUGUGGGGGCGCUCCACCCAGAGUCCUGGUCCUGGACGACUACUUCAUGACAGAGUCGGAGAAGGUGGAGAAGGACCCCGACACGGGAAGGCGGGUGAAGAACAAGGUGCUGGAGUACGAGUACGAGCCGGAGAUGGAGGACACAUACCGCAGCAGUCUGCUGAAGACCUUUAAGAAGACCCUGGACGAUGGCUUCUUCCCCUUCAUCAUCAUGGACACCAUCAACGACCGCGUCAAACACUUUGAGCAGUUCUGGAGCGCGGCCAAAACGAAAGGCUUUGAGGUCUACGUGGCUGAAAUCACGGCCGACAACCAGACCUGUGUGAAGAGGAACGUACACGGUCGCACACUGAAGGACAUCGCAAAGAUGUCGUCCAACUGGGAGCUGUCGCCACGUCACAUGGUGCGCCUGGAUGUCCGCUCUCUGCUUCAGGACGCUGCUAUCGAGGAGGUCGAAAUGGAAGACUUCAAUCCUGAGGAUGAGACCAAGGAGAUGAAGAGGGAGGAGGAGGAAGAGGGUGACAUGGGUUACAUUCCAAAAAGCAAAUGGGAGAUGGAUACGUCUGAGGCAAAACUCGACAAGCUGGACGGCAUCGUUUGCGGUGGGAAGAGGAAGCGGGAGGGCGUGGCAGGCAUGGAGGACUUCCUUCAGCUGCCCGACGACUACGCCACGCGCAUGUCUCAGCCCGGCAAGAAACGGGUUCGGUGGGCGGACCUGGAGGAGCAAAAGGAGGCGGACCGGAAGCGUGCUAUUGGCUUCGUGGUGGGUCAGACAGACUGGGAGCGAAUCACAGACGAGAGUGGCCAGCUGGCCCAGAGAGCUCUCAACCGCACAAAGUUUUUCUAAGAAGAGAAAUCUGUCAUUCCUCUUGUCUCUUGGAGAACUGAUCUCCACUUAGUGAAAGCAAACGACUCAACGGUGGAACAGAACAGAAACAAUAGUGUUACUGCUGCUUCUUAGAUUAACUUAAAUGUGAAAUGGUUUUCUUUUUAAUUCUAAGCUUUAUAUGAAUGAUACAUUUAGAUUUAACGGUCUCUCUGUGAUACUUUAUUGUGAAAUUACUUUUUUUCCAGGCGGGUUUGCGUUGGCUGUUUUAUACUCUACGGGCUCUAUGUGUCUAGCUGUAGCAUUCUUGUUUUAUGAGUAAAUGACAAAACAAUAAAUGUUUUUAAAAAAUGAA